AGUGGGCCUCUUCCGCGUGUCCGGCAUGGGGACACCGCUCGGUGGUAUGUUCUCUGGGCAGCCACCGGGGCCCCCGCCACCCCCGCCGGGACUCCCGGGCCAGGCUUCGCUUCUUCAGGCAGCGCCAGGCGUUCCUAGACCUUCUAACAGCACUUUGGUGGACGAGUUGGAGUCAUCUUUCGAGGCUUGCUUUGCUUCUUUGGUGAGUCAGGACUAUGUCAAUGGCACUGAUCAGGAAGAAAUCCGAACUGGUGUUGAUCAGUGUAUACAGAAGUUUCUGGAUAUUGCAAGGCAGACAGAAUGUUUUUUCCUACAAAAAAGAUUACAGUUAUCUGUCCAGAAACCAGAGCAAGUUAUCAAAGAGGACGUCUCGGAACUAAGGAAUGAAUUACAACGGAAGGAUGCGCUGGUCCAGAAGCACCUGACAAAGCUGAGGCACUGGCAGCAGGUGCUGGAGGACAUCAGUGUGCAGCACAAGAAGCCAGCCGAAAUCCCUCAGGGCUCCUUGGCCUACCUUGAGCAGGCGUCUGCUAAUAUCCCCGCACCUCUGAAGCAGACCUGAGUAAAAGCUGAAGGGGUCUGGGGUAUGAGGCCGCCCUGGGCACACAGUUCUGCCAAACAUCCCUUCUUGUGGACAUGGCAUUUUGGAAGAACUUUUUACCAGAGAAUGAGUUAGUUUUAGUUUUAUGUGCUCACUUAAAAUCUUUCCCCGAUUUUUAUAAGCUGUUAAUUUCUUGAGUACUUUAUAAAAUGCUUAUAGUUUUGGUAAACCACGUACAUUUUUUUGUCUUAACAGUUUAUUCUGUUAGUGUGAUGACACUUACAAAUUCUUUUUUAUUGUUAUUAUUUGUUGCUUGUUUUUAAACAAAUUUUUGUAUGACUUUUCAGUUAGAUUACUUAUGAUCUGAGGGAGAAACAUUACAAUAAUUUGAGAGUGUGGGGAUGAGGAUUUGGUUGGAAAUCUUUUAUGAGAAUUACCCUUCAGUGGUAGUGUUGAACAAUAUGUAAACUUGCUGUGUGUCAAGACUUUGAACUACCUCAAGAAGAGGAAUCUAAUGCAAUAAUGUUUGUAAUUCUUCCAGAGCUCUUGGAAUGAGGAUAUUUUGUACAUAUGUAAGAUGAUCAAAAUAUCCUAGGUUAGCUUAGUAAUAUUAGAGUGGGAUCCUUAGGUUGAUGCUAAUUUUUAUUUGGGGUAGGUUUGUAUUUUGUGUUGUGUUUAUUUACUUUUUUUUAAGGGGGACGGGUGUAGUCAGCAAUGAUAUGCUGAAUUUUGUUACGUUCUACGGUAAUGAAUCAGUUUAAGGGAACAGACUGUUCUCAAUAGCAUGACAGUUGGGGCAUAAGUGUGAUAUGAGGGGUUAAAGUUUGCUGUGAUGUCUCUUUUAGUUUUGAGUUUUGUCUGCUUGUGUCGUUUUUGUUUUACUUUUUGAGAGGAGUUUCCAGUAAGGAAGGUUUUGCCAAAGGAUUUAAUUCCAAGGGCCUGGGGUGGGAGGUGGGCUGCAGGUGAUCCUGGGCUGCUUAACCUCCACAAAGAGCCUGGAAAGUUGGGGAAGAUAUUUUACGUUCUUGUUAGUUUCAUAGGUCACCUCAUGCGCUGUUGAGAAAUACAGACCAGCAUUGUUUCUGGCUCUCAACGGAUGAGGUUUUCCUUUCUCUGUUUUAUACAGUCUCUUAUGAGAUUACAUCCCUUUACUCAAAACAAAUGCUCUGCUGUCUUCUGAAUAGGCAGUACUUCUGAGGCUUGGUGUCUUGGCUAGUUUUGUUUUCUCCAGCCUUGAAGGCCCCUGCCCACACGCAUUGAUGUCUACUCAUGUUCCUGAUCUGGAACCUGAUGCCACCUGGUUUAUGAAGCCUCCCCAGAACACAGGACUUUUUAUCUCUUCUCCUGCCCUUGCUUGUUUCUCCCUUGUGGGUUAGUGAUUUGAAUCUGACUUUGUGCCCUUGCUGCAUUGUACAAGGGUGCUACAAAAACUUUGUGGAAAAAUAGAAUUACAAGGGAAUAACUUUCCACAACUUUUUGAAGUACCCUCCUAUACGCAUGAGAAUUAGGCAUUACUCCUCUUGAAUAUAUCAGAACCAUGUUAUUUGUCUUUUAUGUGUGAUACUUAUUACUCAUUUUUGUCUGUGUUGUGUACAUGAUAUCUGGCGCAUGGGCCAGCCUGAGUGAGAAUGUAUAGAUUAAACAAAACUUGUAAAAGUUGUUUUCACUUACAUUAUAUGACUUCAAGGUUGUUAACAUGGUUAUUUCAUGCUAUUUAGGAGCUCUGAUUGGCUGAUUGGCAUCUUUACAUCUCUUAAAACCCUAAAUGAACUAAUUAGGUUUUAGGCAGCCUUUCAAUAAUAGAGGGGUUCUCAGUGAAAAGAUUGGGAACUUAUUUGGUGCUUGGUGAAAAUAUUUCGAUUAAUAUAUGUACUAGUUAUUGCCAUUUCUUUAUUAAAUUCACAAGUUUUCUGUCAAAUAAAGAGCAGUUUAAAAAUCUU